GUAUCGACUGAACAUCGAUAUUGUAGAACGCACGUGUUUACGUUUUAACAAGUUCAACGCAAUUUCUUUUAUAUUUGCUUUUUCCGGGUAUAUUUUAAUAUCCGAAAAGCAAAAUGGGCAGAAAUAACCGCUCCCGCAAACGCCGCGAUGAAAUGAACAAGAUAAAAAAGGCGCGGUAUGAAGCUAAAGAGUUAAUUCGUCUAAAGAAAACCCUGGGACUCCUGGAUGCCGAUGGAAAUGAGAUCAUGAAAGAUAUUAGCGAUGUGGUCGAAAUUAAGACCUCCAAGGAACUCAAGAGGGAGGCCAAAUCCAAGGAAGAACAGGAGUUAAUCUAUGAGCACCAGGAGAGUCUAGAAAAAGGCGAAAAAGUCGCUGUGAAAAAUGAGAACACCGGCGUCGAGCACGUUUUCAACAGCAAGACACUCAAAGAUCAGUUUGGAAAUUAUCCUGCGUGGUUUAAGAAGAAGAAGACUGCCAAGCGUCUAAGGAAGAAGCAGCACUCGCAAAAGAAGAACUUCAAACAGGCCUGGACCACGGUCAACGUACCCUUGUAAAUCAGGGGCAGGGUUACCCAUCUGGUAUCUUAUCUUAGUUUGUAAGUCCUCGCUUAGUUUAGGAGAUUUUGUAGGCAUUUUCUACAAAGAUGUUAUAGCUAGGAGUUUAUAUUGCAUAUUAAAGAACUAACAAGAUUAUAAAAAAAACA